GCUGAACCAAACCAUCUCUUUUGUUUUCAGCACUCUUUCCUUAACAGGCCUGCGUCUUGAUAAACGCUUUGCCUGCACUUUGCAUUUUGCAUUACCUUACUUUACUUUACUAUUUACACACACAGUUUUAUUUUUUUGGAAGCGAAAAUGAGAGAGUGCAUUUCAAUCCACAUUGGUCAAGCCGGUAUUCAAGUCGGCAAUGCCUGCUGGGAACUCUAUUGCCUUGAACAUGGCAUCCAGCCUGAUGGCCAAAUGCUAAGUGACAAGACUAUUGGUGGAGGUGAUGAUGCCUUCAACACCUUUUUCAGUGAAACUGGUGCUGGGAAGCAUGUCCCUCGUGCUGUCUUUGUUGAUCUUGAGCCCACUGUCAUUGAUGAAGUGAGGACUGGGAAUUACCGCCAGCUCUUCCACCCAGAACAGCUUAUCAGUGGCAAGGAAGAUGCUGCUAACAACUUUGCCCGUGGCCACUAUACUAUUGGCAAGGAGAUUGUUGAUCUGUGCCUGGACCGUAUCAGAAAGCUUGCUGACAACUGCACUGGCCUCCAAGGAUUUCUGGUUUUUAAUGCUGUUGGUGGAGGCACUGGUUCUGGGCUUGGCUCCCUUCUCUUAGAGCGUUUGUCUGUUGAUUAUGGGAAGAAAUCGAAGCUGGGUUUCACAGUUUACCCUUCUCCACAGGUCUCCACAUCUGUUGUUGAGCCCUACAACAGUGUCCUCUCCACCCACUCCCUCCUGGAACACACUGAUGUGGCUAUACUUUUGGACAAUGAGGCCAUCUAUGAUAUUUGCAGGCGCUCCCUUGACAUUGAGCGACCCACCUACACCAACCUCAACCGACUUGUCUCCCAGGUGAUUUCAUCCUUGACGGCCUCUCUUAGAUUUGAUGGUGCACUAAAUGUGGAUGUGACUGAAUUCCAAACCAACUUGGUUCCCUACCCCAGGAUCCACUUUAUGCUUUCCUCUUAUGCACCAGUCAUCUCUGCUGAGAAAGCAUAUCAUGAACAACUUUCAGUAGCUGAAAUUACCAACAGUGCUUUUGAGCCUUCUUCUAUGAUGGCAAAAUGUGAUCCUCGUCAUGGAAAGUACAUGGCAUGCUGCUUGAUGUACCGUGGUGAUGUUGUGCCUAAGGAUGUCAAUGCUGCCGUUGCUACAAUCAAGACCAAGCGCACCAUUCAGUUUGUUGACUGGUGCCCCACUGGAUUUAAGUGUGGUAUCAACUACCAGCCUCCCACCGUUGUUCCAGGAGGAGACCUUGCCAAGGUGCAGAGAGCUGUUUGCAUGAUCUCAAACUCUACCAGUGUGGCUGAGGUGUUCUCCCGCAUUGACCACAAGUUUGAUCUCAUGUAUGCCAAGCGUGCCUUUGUGCAUUGGUAUGUUGGUGAGGGAAUGGAGGAAGGAGAAUUCUCUGAAGCUCGUGAGGACCUUGCUGCCUUGGAGAAGGAUUAUGAGGAGGUUGGUGCUGAGGCAGAUGAGGGUGAGGAUGAUGAAGGUGAUGAGUACUAAGAAGAUUUAAAUUUGUGCUGAGUAGUUAAAUGGUUCGUUCAAAGUAGUUAAAUGUUCUUUGUGAUUUAGCUAGUAUGAAGUUAUUUUUUUCCUUGGCGUGUGCCUUCUAAUGUUUGUGAGCAAUAAAACUCAGUUGUUCCUAUGUUAUACCCAGUUUGUGUGAGGCUACUAUACAUGAAAAUAUGGUUUAUUCUUAA